AUGCGGUCUUUCUUCCAAGAUCUAGUGAAGAUUAACAACCGCUACGUUUUUAAGAUGCAUGACUUAGUGCACGAUUUUGCUCAAUCGCUCAUGAAAAAUGAAUGUUGUAGCAUAGAGGUGCUAAAUAAUGAAAUAGAGCAGCGAAUGAUAGAUUUUAAUCCUAUAGAAGUACGUCAUGUAAGCAUUAGACUUGGUCCGGAUGUUAGUUUUCCUAGUUCAUUUUACAAUCUAAGAAGGUUACACAGUCUCAUUUUUUUAUGGGGAAAUGGUACAAUGAUUGGAGUAGCCUUACCUAAGAUAUUCAAUGAACUGACUUGUUUGAGAUCCUUAAGCUUAAGUGGUUGUGACAUUAGAGAAAUCCCCUCUAAUAUAAGUAAAUUGAUUCAUUUGAGGCAGCUUGACGUGUCUAGGAAUAACAAAUUGAAGGAGUUGCCUGAAACAGUAUGCCAAUUAUAUAAUUUGCAAACCAUAGAUGUAGUCUCUUGUGAAAAUCUAAAAUGCUUACCCGAAGGGAUGGGGAAACUUAUUAAUUUAAGGUACCUGAAUAAUGAUCAGACUUCCUUUUCGUUGCCGAAAGGAAUCGGAAGAUUAAGUGGUUUGCAAAAGUUAUGCAUGGUCAACAUUUGCAACAAUGAACAGGGAGAAGCUGCAUUCAUUCUUAGAGAUAUUAAAACACUGAAUCAACUUGGUGGAAGUUUGACCAUAGAAUGGAGAAGACAACAUGUGGCUGAAGUGGACGUGGAGGAUGCGAAACAAGCAGAGUUAAAGAAUAAAAAGAAUCUCACUGAUUUGAAGAUAUAUUUUAGCGACGAAAUAUACGGAGUAGAGUGGAGGAAACAGCAAGAUGAAGAAUUGUUAGAAGCUUUAGAACCAUCAACAAAGUUAAAAUCUUUAACAAUAUCGGAUUACUUGGGCACCAAUAAAACAUGCGGGCAUCCGAAUUGGAUUACUUCGAUGUCAAGUCUUCGAAAGAUUAACCUCGGUAGAUGGCGAAAUUGUGAGAAUUUUCCUCCAUUCGGAGCAUUACCUUGGCUCGAAUCCCUUCGCUUGUUGAAAUUCUACAGUUUAAAAAAAGUUGGAAUUGAAUUUUUGGGGUUGGAUCAUCUUGACAUUUCUACUGCAUUCCCCAAGUUGAUAGACUUGCAGUUCCAAUUGAUUGAAGAAUGGGAAGAGUGGAGUGACCAAGAUGUGGGUGAUAAUGCUGCAAAAAUAAUGCCAUCUUUAAGGUUUUUGGCCAUUUGGUCAUGUCCAAAGUUGAAGAAAUUGCCAAAUUAUAUCCUCCAAAAAACUGCACUGAAUAUUGAUAUUAAGGAUAAUAAGUGGACUUCACUUCGUUUUUCAAUCGAUUUGUCCUCUCCUUCCUUUGGUGAUGGAUUGACUCUGACUUUUCAGAAGUCGUGGAAGUUCUCCUUGACAGAGGAAGAGCCGGAUGUUGUGGAACUGGGAGGUAAAGAGCAGAUACAAGCAUCUGAGUUGAAGUUUAAACGGUGCAGUGUGGGUCGAUUACUAUGUGGGAAGCCAUUCAAUAUUAAGGCUCUUCACAGAGCCAUGACUGGGGCAUGGCUGGGGCAUGGAGGAUUAACAGUGGGUUUAACAAGAAUAAGGUUGUUUAAUGUCCCUCUCAACUGUCGACAUAGAGAAAGCGUCACUAAGAUUGCGGAGAAGGCCGGUGUGGUCCUGGAGAUUCGCAUUACACUUGGUCCGGACGUCAGUUUUCCUAGUUCAUUUUACAAUCUAAGAAGGUUACACAGUCACAUUUUUUUGUCCGGAAAUGGUACGAUGAUUAGAUUAGCCUUACCUAAGAUAUUCAAUGAACUGACUUGUUUGAGAUCCUUAAGCUUAAGUGGUUGUGACAUUAGAGAAAUCCCCUCUAAUAUAAGUAAAUUGAUUCAUUUGAGGCAGCUUGACGUGUCUCGAAAUAAAGAACUGAAGGAGCUUCCUGAAACAGUAUGCAAAUUACAUAAUUUGCAAACCAUAGAUGUAGAGUCGUGUGAAAUGAAAUGCUUACCUGAAGGGAUGGGGAAACUUAUUAAUUUGAGCAAUGAACAAGGAGCGGCAGCAGCAUUUGUUCUUAGAGAAGUUAAAAAGCUGAAUCAACUUUGUGGAAAUUUGGCCAUAAAUGGAGAAGACAACAUCGACGAAAGAUACGGAGUAGAGUGGAGGAAACAGCAAGAUGAAGAAUUGUUAGAAGCUUUAGAACCAUCAACAAAGUUAAAAUCUUCAACAAUAUAUGGGAUUACUUGGGCACCAAUAAAAUUUAUGGACAUCCGAGUUGAAUUGUGUUGA